AUGAGUUACUACAUUGACAAGGUUCAGAGGCUCAAGACUCCACCGAGCUCGCACAGUCGAACGAAAUUGCUAGAGAAAACACAGCAGCUGCCGCCAGGUACAAAGGACACACGCGCAGUUCUAGUUCCAGCACAUUCCCUCUCUGAGCAGACUUCCAGCGUGCUUACGACACGAUCGAGCGAGCCACUGGAUUCAAGCCAUGACGGCGAAGAUUAUGAUACACUUCUGCCCUCCCUGAAACGCUUCUUUUAUCUCGAGAUGAAGCUCGUUGACGAGAAAAUCGCCACUUUGAGAAUGAACCUCCUGGGCAGCGAGAAUGAGAAGUCAUUGCUCGGCAUAAAAGCUCAUCUUGUCUCGUCCUACUAUCUUCUCGUCGCGCAAGAGAUUGCCCUCAUGGCCACGACACUCACUUCGCUUAUCGAGUACACCAGAUGUAGCGCUGUGUCCGCGGCCUUGGGCAUACUGGUCUGCAUCGAAGGAUCAAAAGAGUGGACUACCAUUGCCAGCUUUAUCUUAUUCGGGCUGAUUCCUACGUACAAGAUUCUCAAUACACAUCGUAUGUGCUCGAGCCAUGGGUUGAGGUCAGUGAAGCGGAUUACAAAAGACUGA